UUGUGUAUGUUCAAUGUUGUGGUGCAUUUGGUCACAGCCAUACCUUGGUUUCUCUCUCUCCCUCUGCCCUUUCUGCCAGAAACGCGAACGCCUUCUACAUAUCUGGGGAAAAAUGGACCUCAUGGCCCAUUCUUCCACCUUCCUCCUUCCCACGAUCUCUGGCGACCACCGUCCUUCUUUUACCUACGUCCUCGUCGUGCUUAACCAACGCCUUCCGCGGUUCACUCCUCUCCUCUGGAAGCACUAACAGCACAAUUACGUCUCUGUGCGGAUGGAGGCGCCAAUCGAGUCUACGAUGAAAUGCCUUUGUUAGUCCCGCACGAAGACGCUCUUGAUGUUCGACACAGGUACAAGCCAGAUUUAAUCAAGGGUGACAUGGAUUCAGUCCGAACAGAAGUACUGGACUUCUAUACCAGCCUGGGAACAAUGGUGGUAGAUGAAUCUCAUGAUCAGGAUACAACAGAUCUACAUAAGUGCAUUUCACAUAUUCGUGACUUCACUCCAGACUUGGACAAGUCUAAUCUUUGCGUUCUUGUGGCGGGAGCACUUGGCGGACGAUUUGACCAUGAGGCUGGCAAUAUUAAUGUUUUAUGUAGGUUCUCAACCAUGCGAAUAAUACUUAUAUCUGAUGAUUGCCUCAUCUACCUCCUUCCAAGAACUCACUAUCAUGAGAUACAUAUCCAAUCUUCACUGGAGGGUCCACAUUGCGGUCUCAUUCCCAUAGGGAUGCCAUCUGGGAAUACCACAACAACUGGACUCCAAUGGGAUCUCAAUGAAAUGGAGAUGAGAUUCGGUGGUCUAAUCAGUACGUCUAACAUAGUCAGAGGAGGGAAAGUAACAGUGCGAUCAAGUUCAGAUCUUCUUUGGACGAUUUCCAUUAAGAAGACAUAAUCCUCGUCUACAAGUUCUGCUGACUUACAAUUAAAUGGCCUUGUCAAUAAAAGAGGCGCAUUCGCAUUUUAGGUGGUCCUUCAUGUGCAUAUAUGAUUUUAUUAUUUGGAAGAAAUUAUGGAGUAUCGACAUUUCUUCCAAAGUGUGCUUCUUCAAGUCAUUUUAGGUGUUUUUUUUUUUUCUGUUCCCUGUUUGAUCUUAUGUUGUGUUAUAUCAUGCGUCGUUUUGAAUAUAUCAGCUUCUUUUUGCUAAA